AUGUCGCUAGCCGCACAGAUUUCACCCCAUGUCCCUCUUUUGCGCCGCUUCGCGCGGGCGCUCACCGGAUCCCAGCGCGCCGGCGACACGUAUGUCGCCGCCUUGCUGGAGGCCCUGGUGGCCGACCGGGCCAAUUUUCCCGAUCUCGAUGAUGUAAAGCUCGCACUGUACAAAUCGUUCCUCGAUUUGUGGUCCUCGGUCGAUAUCAAUCUGAAGGCGGACCCGGAUGUACCGGCCGAACAGGCCCGCGGCGAGCGCAAUCUGCAGGCCAUCGCGCCCAUGGCCCGCCAGGCUUUUCUGCUGACAGCGGUCGAGGGGUUUUCGCCCAAGCAAACCGCACAGAUUCUCGGCAUCGAGGCCGGAAAGGCGGACGAACUGCUGGAACAGGCCGCUCGAGACAUUGCGGGACAAGUGGCGACCAGCGUCCUGAUCAUCGAGGACGAACCGCUCAUCGCGAUGGAUGUGGAGGCGAUGGUCGAGGAUCUGGGACACCGGGUCACCGGCAUUGCGCGCACCCAUACCGAAGCGGUGGCGCUCUUCGGCAAGGAGCGCCCGGGUAUCGUUCUUGCCGACAUUCACCUGGCCGACGGCAGCUCGGGCCUCGAUGCCGUCAACGAGAUUCUGCAGUCGGUCGAGGUGCCGGUCAUCUUCAUCACCGCCUAUCCGGAACGCCUGCUGACUGGCGAGCGCCCCGAGCCGGCCUAUCUCGUCACCAAGCCGUUCCAGCCGGCCAUGGUCUCGGCACUGAUCAGCCAGGCACUUUUUUUCGACGAAUCAUCAAAAAAGGCGGCGUAA